AUGGAAACUUCGCAAGCGACGAUUGCCCAACGAUCGUAUAGUGGUUGUCGCACCUGCCGGCAGAGAAAGGUCAAAUGCGAUGAAAACCGUGACGACAUUGGUCGAUGCGGCUCUUGUUCUCGUCUGAAUCGCCCAUGCGAUUGGACGCGAGAGUGGAAAUUCAUCGAUACCAGUCGUGCUGUUCAAGAGCAGUAUGUUGUACUGGGUCAAGGUCCAGACCGGAGAACAAAGCCAUCAACAAAGGAUGCAAAUCAUGGACACAAUGCGACACUAGUACACCGGGGCGCGUCAGCUCGGCCUGAGACUUGUCAGCAUCAGACUGCAGACCCAACCCAAUCACGGACUUUGAUGUUCGUUAAUUCAUUCUCGAAGGAUCUGGCUAUGACCGAAGCACCUACGGAACGCCGCCCGGCGCGGACAGAUGAUGCGCAAGAUUCACGACGAGCUUCCGACUCGUCAUCUGAAGACUCGGAUAAUCAAUCGCUCGAAUUAGUCCGGACUGCUCGCAUACCAUUUGAUCUGAUGAAUUAUGGUACUAGAGCCCGCGACAAUGCGAUACACCCUUCGCUUUUCGACAGCAUUGUGUGUCGCAAGAUCAUGCCGAUGGCUGUUCGGUUCAAACUAAACAUUGAGGACAAUCAAAACGUGCUUGUUACGUCGGCAAGGAAUUUCGUUCCACUCCGUCACGCGAUUUGUGCCAUCACGCUUCUCAACAGCGGAUUAAAGAAUCGUCCAGAGCUUGUAGCAGGCUCUUUUCAGCACUAUGACCGAGCUAUAACAGCCUGUCGGUCAAUGUCUUCAUCCGCCAACUCUGAAGCUGUCUUCUUCUUGCACUUUGUCCUCCUCAUGUACGACAUCGCCUGUGCUUCACAAAGAUGGCCUGAGGAUCGCAGUUCUUGGUCUUUGCAUCUUCGCAAACUCGCCAGCUUGGCUCAUGAAUCAGCUGGACCUACAGUUAGCCGACUCAAGGCUUAUUUGUCAUGGUAUAUCCUGCUUCUGGACGCCCAAGCGGGCCUUGCAGGUAAUGCUGAAGCCGGUCACUACACUCGAGCUUUUAUAGAGAAUGGUCGCUCUCUUCCGGUGUGGCCAAUAUCGCCUAGCCAUCAAAAAGUUCUCUCCAGUCCGGAAGCUAUGGACACAUUCCUACAAGCCCACAAGCUAUCUCUAAUGACGUUUGAGAUGUUUGCGGAGCAGAGUCAGGCAUCACUAACUCUCCGACGUGCGUUUGAGAAUCGAAGCGUAGGCUUGCAUGAGCGACAGCAAUAUAUCCAGGACCUCUCGGUGCGACACGCCGAAGUCUGGCAAGCUCAUUGCCCCCCUCACAUGGACACGUCCGACAACAAAACUGCGCCCUCAGCGGAUCGGGUCAUCAUAACAUCUACGUACAACUUCGCGCGACUGCAAUAUUCGGUGCUUCAGAUCCAUCUCCACACAAGCAUGUAUCCCAAUCAACGUCUGGACGGAGACAUAUUUGCGGCAGAAGAUGCUCGACACUGCACAUACAUCAUUAACACGGUGCGUCAAAGCUUUGUCCACAAUGACAGAGAGAACCACCAUCUUGCGAACGCGCUAUUCCUGGCUGGUUCGGCCACCAAACUUCCGCUUGAGAAGGCAGCCGCACUGAUAAUGUUACAAGAGAUGGAACAUGCUGGACUCUCAGGAGCCGUGGCACGAGUGAGGCAUGUUCUCGAGCUGGUAGUCAGAGAGCAGGCUAAGAAAGAAAUAGCUGGCGGCAGUUCGGAUGAAGUGGAUUGGGUUGAGCUUUCGAAGGAGCAUGGCUUGAAGAACGUUGUAUUCGGGAUGUGA